CCAAUCCAAAACCCACUAAAAACCCCACCAUUUAUUUGUCUUCUGCUCCCAAAUCAACAAAUGGCCGGUCUCCCAAUUCUCCGCCUCUCCGUCCUUCCCCAUCCGCUCAAACCCCGCCACCCAAAGCUCCACCCACUCCUCCCCCACCGUCCACCACCCCUCAAAACCCCUUCACCACCCAUUUCCUCCUCCUACAGCCCCACCCCCGCCACUGACCGCCUAAUCUCUGCCGCAUCCUUCUUCUUCCCACUCUUCAACGGCCUCCAAUACGGCCGCUUCCUCUUCUCUCAAUACCCCAUCUUAGCUGCCCCCUUCAAGCCCAUCAUCCCUCUCCUGUCUCUCUACCACUCGGUCCCUUAUGCCUCUUUUGUCUCCUUUUUUGCCCUCUACAUCGGCAUAGUCCGGAACCCUAGUCUUAGCCGCUACAUUAGAUUCAAUGCUCUCCAAGCCCUUGUUCUUGAUGUUCUUCUGGUGGUGCCCAUGUUGAUUCAGAGGAUUUUGUCUCCGGGCCAAACUGGCCUCGGGCUCAAGCUCACCAUUUGGGGGUAUAAUGCUCUGUUUGUGUUUUUGGUAGCUUGCUUUGCUUAUGGGCUGGGCUGUAGUGUGCUCGGGAAGACUCCCCACUUGCCUUUUGUUGCUGCAGCGGCUGGCAGACAAAUCGAUUAAAAUCCUCAUCAUCGCUUAAUUGGAAUUCCCAGAUUCCAUGAGGAAUGUUUGGUCUCUCCUAACUGAUGUUCUAGAGUUUAAAUCCUUCUUUUGGUGUAGAAGUCAUGUUUGAGGAGUUGACCAUGUAAAAUGUUGCAAAGAAAUGUUCAUUGCAGCCUGUUUUUUUGUUGAAAAAUGUUAUAGUUGCAAGACUAGUGCAUUUAGGUCAAUUGAGGAAUCUAGCUGGAAUUUUCUUGUUUGAUAUUGUAUUGCUGUCUGAUGCUUAUGCCUUCGUUGGUUUUUUAUCAUGCAAAACACUUUUAAAA